AUGUUGCCAGGUGGUGUUAUUUUAGUCUUUAUUUUGGUCGGUUUGGCCUGUAUUGCGAUUAUCAGUACUAUUUUGUACAGAAAAUGGCAAGCCAAGCAGAAGGGUAUUCAAAGAUUCUGA